CAAAAAUUUUUAUUUGUUUAAAAUUAAAAAUUCUAAUAACUUCCUCAAAAUAUGCCAGCAUUUAAAGGACAGGGGAAGACGCGCAUUUCGAAUUCGAAGAAACAAGACGAAUCAGAAGAGAAGAAAUCUUUAAGUCCUCGUCAUAAUCGUAAGCGUACGAGCAUUUUACAUCGCGUACAGUCACAAAAUACAAAUGAAGUAAACGAUAUUAUUUAUGGAUUUCUAGGAAAUUUAGCAGCAGUUCGUAACAAUCAGCGUAACUCAAAAUCAAAGCGAUUUAAAGUUCCAGGAGUGAAAAUUAAAAGACAAGGUCGAGUUCGGAAAAAUACUAAAUCAAAAAGUAACCAAAAAAUAAGAAAACUCUCUUUUGCUCCUUCUGAAUCGCAUUCAAGAUUAACUGAUGACAGUUUCGUGACAGAGACAAGAAAUUCAGAGACAUCAAAAUCAAGCUCGGUUUACAAUGACAACGAUUCGACGGCGAAUGAUUCUGAUUUCGAAGAACCCGCAGAUUCGAAAAAGGGAAUCAAGAAUCUAAUGAGAAGAAAAUCAUUAGUGGAAAUAAUUAAUAAUUACAUUAAAAAUGGCAUAAAAGAAGAUAUGAAAAAGGAGAAACGCUACAUAAAGGAAGCACUUUCUUUUGGAGUAAAUGCAGGUUACCUCAGACCUCUUGAUAACUCGGGUCAUUUACUUGAAGUUUCGUCGGAAUUGCCGGGCAUUAUGUUAAAUGACAUGAAAGAUACUGUAACUGAACGGAGGCGUCGAAAGAAUAUGAGACGAGGCAUUGUAAGUUUCGACGAUUAUAUCAUGAAAUCGUCGAAGAAACGAGCAUCCAAGAAAGAAACUGAAAAACGUCACAAGGAAACAAAUACCAAUGUUUUAAAAAAAAGGUCCAUUUCAAAUGUGAAUCAAUCGACUUCAAAAGUUGAAAACAAAAAAAUUGAAAAAAAACCGCCACCAAAAAAGAGAGCUAAAAUCGCUAGGCAAUCAAGAAAACCGAUGCGAAAUUCAAAAAAAAUGCGAAGACAUCGAAGUCCAACACCAUGGAGAAACUCGAAUUUAUGUGAAAAAGAUGAGGAGUCACCAGUCGAUAAUGGAGAAAAUGAUCAUGGUAAUGGAGAAAAUGAUGAUGAGAAAGAAAAUGACAAUAAAAAUGAUAACGAUUCGAAUAAUUCUACAACAGAUACAAUUGAAAAUAGAAAAUCAGCUACAACGAUUUUUAGAAAAGAUGAUUCAAAAAAGUAUCAUGAGAACCAUAGCGAAAAUGGCAGUAGAGAUAAUUUCUCAACGGAAUUGCAGCAUUCUAACGAAAAACGAAAAGCAUUAUCCAAUGAUGCAGAAAGUAAAUCUAAAAAUUUGGAACGAAAAGGUGAUGCAAAGUCAAAUGCAAAUGAAAAUUUAAAUCGAAAGCAAAGGAAUUUAGGUUCAGAAAGACAUGCAGAGAAAUCACGGAAUGCAGAAUCGAAUCACUCAAUGGAAGAAUGUGACUCCCAAGAUGAAGAUUCUGAUAAUGAAGAAUAUGAAGAUGUUUCCGAAAGCAGCAGCGUUAUCAGCACAGCAUCUAAAAAUGAAUCCCAAUCUGAUUCAAUUGGAAAAAGUGAACAAAACAUUCGAGUUGCUACUGAUGUCGUAGAAAUUGCAGGAAGAAAACGAAAACAUAAAUCUUCAGAUUCUCAAAGUGAAUUAAAAAACGAUAAAGUUCAAGACAGUAAAAGGCAAAAACUUUCCAAGGAUCGCAAAAGAAGAAGUCAGAAGAGAAGUGGAAACAGUAGAAAUUCCAACAAUAUAGACUCAGAGGAAAUUGAAGACGGUAAAUAUGAAAACAAAAACGACAAUAAGGAUAAUAAAAAAAGUACACAGAAGAAGAGAAAAAUUGAUGAAAUGGAUAAAAAAACUUCGAGCCACACUUGUUCAGUAGCAUCCAGUAACGAACAAAAAGAAACACCGAAAGAGAAUCUCAUUGACUACGAAUCUUCAGAUGAUGACGAUUCAAAAAACUGAAUUUCAUUUAAAAUUAUAUCUUCGAAAAUUUUCCAUUACUUUUCUAAAUUUAUUGUUCGUUUAUCGUUAUUGUUUCAAAAUUAAAAAUAUUUCAAUUGUAAUUUAA